AGCUAAAAAUGCAGUUUGUCCGCAAUGUUGUGGGAUACGGUCCCGCUGAUAUUUGUUUCCCGUCGGCCCGUUAAGCGGUGACGCUUCACACUCCCCAAAGCGACUGGGAUUCAGAGCCCCGUCUCAAACGGGGGAAAUUUACAUUUCAUCGAAGGUAACCUGAAAUUAGACGGCUAAUUUUCAGCUUGACUGAUUAAGAAGGCUUUGCCCGCAGGAAGUAAGUCUGCCCUUUCUGUGUAAGAAAUCCACCACCAGCGACCCACUAUGGAAGUGGAGGAUGCCUUAUCAGCUAAGUUCAGGGUCCUGAUUCAAGGGCUCAUGGUGACAACGACCUCAGAGAUAGUUAAAAUAUUCAGCAAAGUGCUGCUGGAGACCAGAAUGGAGAUCACCCAGAGCUGGAGGGAGAUCGACUUGUUGAAGCAGCAGCUGGAGGAAUGUGAGCAGCAGAAGACAGAGGCCAUCAUUAGGUCCCAGAGGAGCGAAUUCAAAAGAGAAGACGAGGAGGUGGAAGUGUCACCUGAUGUACAGAGCUAUGACACGGUCACACCAGAGGCGAUGGGGCUUGAAAAAAGAGCAGAGAAUGUCUCAGAACUAGAGAUGAAAGAGUCAGGCACACCAGGCCGAAAGGUUCAGAAAAUCUGUGCUAUUCCUGAAAACAGCCAGAAGGUCAAGUGCCAAGAGACGAAAUGCACACAACAUGUGGUAAAACAAAAAAUAGUUUGUCCAACCAAUGUGCCACGGGUGAGGGGGCGGAAAUCAUCAAGCAAGACCACAUCUAAAAUCAUUGCAAAUGGACCAUCUACAAGUGUGGACAUGUUUACAAAAAAAACAAAAUCAGAGGCGAUGAAAAAAAGGAAAUUAAUAAAAACGGCAAAGCACACUAAUGAUGUUAGUGUUGCUCGUGGUCUUCGAGACCGACAGCACCUCAGCAUGCAGAGGCACUGUCUGUGUUGUUCAUCGGAUGAGUGUGACCUCCAGUCUAGCCCCUCCAGAGCCCUGCACCAGGUCCCUAGUGUGUAUAUCUGUCGUAGAUGUGAGAGAAGGUUUAAAACAGACCUCCUCUUCAAGAGUCACAAUUGCCCAAUGCCUCAGAAUUGCAACAGGUGUGGGCAGAUGUUCACUACUCUUCAGGGGCUCACUGCACACAGUCAGGAAGUUCAACCUCAAUUCAGCUGCAGUCAGUGUGAGCAAAGGUUUUCCAAUCAGUGUGCUUUAACCAUGCACAAAUGGAUCCACACCAACCUUAGUGUUCCCAAGGAUAUUAAGGCUAAAAGGUUCGAGAUUCGUCUCGAGAGAAUCUCAGACUCCCAGCUGGAGGCUGCUUUGUCCUCAAAAAGUUCUCUCUUGCAAAUUAACUCUUCAAAACAGGAUCUUUUGAGUGAAGCGCACAAUAUGACUACAGCAGAUGCAACUCCUGGAUCUUUAAGCAAACAUAGUGCAGAAUCCAUGGCAGUGAACGUACCUGAGACCAGCGAGACACAACUAUCAUCCCAAAGUGUAGCUGAAAGCCUGGACUCAAGGCCAGGAACCAUGUCAGAUUCCAGUUAUGGACAGUCAAGUAUCAGGAAAGUCUAUGCUGUCAUGUCAUCCACCUCAUGCCAAUAUCAGAUUACUGAGGAUGCAAAUGGAUCAGAGGCACCAGAUGUGCAUGAAACGGAGAAAGUAAUUGAUAACGGAAAACAUGCCAGUUCAAGUGAUGAGUCAGGAAUCCGUUCUCCUCCAAGAAAGCGGAAGAUGUCAGACUGUUCUCAUGAUGCAUACAAUGGCGUGUUUCCUGUUGAAAAUAUUCUGAGAUGGAGAAACAAUAAGGGAAGAAAUGAAGUUAGGGUCAAGUGGAUGCCUUGCACAUUGUGUGGUGCAAAGUUUCAGAACACGUGGGAACCUGCAGAAAGCUUUCCAGGCUAUUUGGAUGACAAGAACGAAGAGCCGAAGAAAACAUAGAACAGACAAAAAUGAUAUUAUGUUGAUUCUGCUUUUAAGAAGUUUUCUGUUUACAACAAUAAGAAUGUAUGCUUUACAAAGCAGUUAAUUUAAUGAUUUUUUUCCCCUAACCAUUUCAUUUUUCCUGUAAUAUACUUUAGUUGAGUUUUAACCGGUUUCUUACAGCUACUCUAGAUAGAUGCAUUGGUGUUAAAUAGGUGAUGUUACAUUUUAAUACAUCAUUUUAAGUGUCUGAGAUGGAAAUCUUGUUAUAGCUUGUCUCAUUAUGAACAACAACAAAAAAAAUAUUAUUAGUGUUAGAUUAGAUAUUUAGAAUUUCAAUGACAUCCUCCCAUUUACCUCUGCAAUUUUUUUUUUUUUUUUUUUUUUUUUUUAAAUGAGAUUCAUGUUUACAGGUUUUGGUGAAAAUUUUUGGAUUUUAUUUUUUACUCCACAAUUUAAUGAAUGCUAUUAAUGACUUGCACAGUUUAUUACCUAAUCACCAUAAAUGUUCAUUGCCUCUUCCUGUUUUUAACUUUUAUGUUAUACCAAAGAAUCUUGUAAUCAUCAAGGCAUCUCACAGUUGAAUGUGGGCUGGUAAAAAAAGCUGGUAAAUGUAUUGGAAAAAUUAAAUAAACAAUUUUCAAAGUG